UCAAGUCAAAGGCACUUGUAUUUAUUCCCAAGAAAUUGAUUGGGCCUUCUAAAGAAAAUUUUCAUUUCCACAUACUAUCAAUUUGUGGCAAGUUGUAGUUUCAUUUGCAGAAACGUUAGUGACAAUGUCGAGUGUUUUUCGAAUCGGUGCUCGGUUUAUAAACAGCUCAACUUCUAUUAAACCGCUGCUGGAAUCAAAAGUCUGUGCUACUCCUGGAAUAAUAUGUGUACGUAAUAUAUCCGGCAAAACUCUACGUGGCUCAAAAUUGAGUAAACCAAAACCGUUCCCAUACCUUGAAAAACCUUAUACAGCAUACCAGGCAUGGAAGGAUACAAUUUUUAAGGAUACGACUAGUCGCUUCGACGAAAAUACAAAGGUUGUAGUUGUCGAUGGCCCUAUCGCUGCUGGCAAGUCUGCAUUUGCUAAAGAACUUGCCACAGAAUUAGAGAUGAAAUAUUUUCCGGAACCGACUAUGGAUAACUACUAUAUUAAUGCUUAUGGGUAUGAUUUACGCAAGCUGGAUCCACAAUUGCCGGUCAAUAUGCAAAGUUUCGAUACAAACAAGUUUCUGGAAAAUCCUACGCACCGCAAUGUCGCAACUUUUCAAGUUCGUAUGUUGAUGCAACGCUAUUCGCAAUACGUUGAUGCACUGGCUCAUUUGUUUUCCACUGGAGAAGGAGUGGUUCUGGACCGAUGUGUGUAUUCGGAUUUCGUCUUUGUUGAAGCUAUGUUUAAGAACGGCUACUUAUCAAAAGGCGCCAGAUCUGUAUAUUACGAUCUGGUAAACAAUACUUUCCAAGAAUUAUUAAAGCCACAUCUGGUUAUUUAUUUGGAUGUUCCAAUAAAAGUGAUCAAGGAACGUGUCAAAAAACGCAGCAAUCCGGCCGAGAUUAACUCGAAAGCUCUAACUGAUCAAUAUCUAACGGAUAUGGAACACGUAUACAAACAGCAGUAUCUAAAGGAUAUAAGUACCCAUGCCGAGUUAUUGGUUUACGAUUGGUCCGAUUAUGGUGAAACAGAGGUUGUUGUUGAAGAUAUUGAGCGGAUUGAUUUUGACCGAUUUGACAAAGAUGACACACAUAUGCGUGAUUGGCGAAUGGCAAACGAGGCUGACUGGGUAGAGGCCCGUGCACUAUACAUGAAUAAGCCUGAUUUGUUCAACUUUUUCAAUGUGCCACGCUAUGAUGUUCCUGAGUUGAUUGUUAGUGCAGAAGACGUAAAAGCCUGGUACGACAUUGUCUUCCAGGCUCCUGGAAUGAAAUAUCAAAAAGGUUACAAUGCCGAUUGCGGAGACGAUGGAAUUUUGACUAAAACCAAAAUCGAUUUUCGCAAUUCGUUGUAAACAAUCUAAAUAUUUUAUAAACCACAGGUCCUGCCUAAAACAUUCAGCAUUGAAAUAAACCCAGAAAAUAUAGUCAAUGUUUUGAAAAAUAACUUCG